UUCUUCGUGCAGUUCACAAGGGAAAAAAUACAUUGAAUCAGGUAGCUAACGCUAGCCACGUAUCCUCUACAUUUGUUGUCAAAAGUACACAAAAUGGCUUUGGAAACGGUUCCCAAAGACCUCCGCCAUCAGCGGGCUUGUCUUCUAUGCUCUCUCGUGAAGACCAUUGAUCAGUUUGAAUACGAUGGUUGUGACAACUGCGAGUCAUAUCUUCAGAUGAAGGGGAACCGUGAGAUGGUGUACGAGUGCACAAGCUCCUCGUUUGAUGGAGUAAUAGCCAUGAUGAGUCCCGAAGACAGUUGGGUGGCUAAAUGGCAGAGAAUAAGUAAUUUUAAACCUGGCGUGUAUGCUGUUACAGUAACAGGACGUCUACCUCCAGGUGUGGUGAGAGAGCUGAAAAGCAGAGGGGUGAUCUACAAAUCCAGAGACACAGCUGUCAAGACUUGAGAGCAUAACUUGUACCUGCCUAUGGAAACAGCCAACAGCUUGACGUCACACUGCUACACUGUCACUCUGACACCUUUCUUUUUCCAUAAACUUUAGACCAUGUUGGAACUGAAUUGUGGAUCAAAAGCAAAUGUUUUAGCUUGCUGAAAUUGAAAGCAUUGAAAGUCAGGGCUCACGUAAAAAUUGUUUGUGUGAAAUAACUUUGUUUGUUUUGAAAAGAGUACAAACAUCAGUGGCUGGUGGGGAUUGUUUUCAGACAUUUAUUUUGCUUAUGUUGUUGGUUGUUUGUAAUUUCUAAAGUAUGGUUGAUUGAAUGAAAUACAACUUUUUCUAAUAAAAAUGUCUGGGAUUUA